ACAGCUUCCAUCAAGCCGUUAAUGCAAAACCCUAGGGAGUUUUUCACUGAUCCACGAGAAGAAGACGAAGCGAUCAUAUCAAAAUGGCGAUGACUGCUUUGAGACGCGUAGGGAGGCGUUUGGCCGCCGCACAGUUCACUUCUCCCAACCCUCCCAUUGCGUUUCGCUCCUCUUUUGUCUCUCCUUCCGAGGAGAUAGUCUUGUCUGGCUUCCACUCCAUUUCUACUCAAGUUGCUUCUAAGCUUCGAGCUAUUCAGACUAGAGCUGAAAAUUCACGUGGCCUCUGGCAGCCAUUCAUUGCUUUCCUUGGUGACACUCCAAGUAUUGAUGUGAAGAAGAAUGCCAUCAAUACUAUUUCUUCAGACAAAGGUCUUUGUGGUGGAAUCAACUCUGCAGAUUACAAGACAAGCUGGAAUAUUCACAAGUUGAAUUCUGGUCCUGAGAAGGAAAACAAAUAUGCGAAGGCAAAGGCUCAGUUGAUUAUGACUGAUUUGCAGAAGAAUCCUCUAAACUAUACACAGCAAUCUUUUCAUUUCUCUACGUUAGCCAACUCAGAAGAACAAAAGAAUGAGCAGAAGUCUUCUUGGAUUGAUUUGUAUUUGCCCCAAAAAAUCAGGCCCUAUGCGCAUCUGGCUCGACUUGAUAAACCCAUUGGGACCUGGUUACUUGCUUGGCCUUGCAUGUGGUCAAUUUCUUUGGCAGCAGCACCAGGGAGUAUACCUGAUGUGAAGAUGAUGGCUCUGUUUGGUUGUGGGGCUUUGCUUCUGCGGGGUGCCGGAUGUACCAUUAAUGAUCUGCUAGAUCGUGAUAUUGACACAAAGGUUGAGAGAACAAGGUUGAGACCAAUUGCCAGUGGGAUUCUGACACCGUUUCAAGGGAUUUGUUUUCUUGGGUUUCAAUUGCUUUUGGGUCUUGGGAUCCUUCUGCAAUUAAACAAUUUUAGCCGUGUUUUAGGAGCUUCUUCUUUGCUACUGGUUUUCUCCUAUCCCCUCAUGAAGAGGCUGACAUUUUGGCCUCAAGCUUAUCUGGGUCUAACUUUUAACUGGGGAGCAUUAUUAGGUUGGGCUGCUAUUAAAGGCAAUCUUGACCCUGCUGUUGUGCUGCCUCUUUAUCUAUCUGGUGUGUCUUGGACACUUGUUUAUGACACUAUAUAUGCUCAUCAGGACAAAGAUGAUGACCUUAAAGUGGGUGUUAAAUCCACAGCCUUAAGAUUUGGGGAUUCAACAAAGGAGUGGAUUGCUGGAUUUGGAAUAGCUUGCACUAGUAGUCUAGCUCUAUGUGGAUACAAUGCUGAUAUUGGAUGGCCAUAUUAUGCCUUUUUGGCAGCUGCAAGUGCCCAAUUAGCAUGGCAGAUUUGGACAGUAGACCUAUCAUCUCGUGCAGAUUGCAACAAAAAGCAAAUUUGUAUCCAACAAAUGGUUUGGUGCUCUCAUUUUCAGCGGGGUAUUAUUUGGAAGAAUUCUCUCAUAAUGAAUUUCUUGCAGGACCGUGAUCUCAUUGCAGUGUUGCAGUAACCCUCUCCAACAGGAUUUUGGACACUCCGUGAAUUCAGUUCAUGAUGAUUCUUGAUUGAAUCCUCCUUGCACUCGCCCUUUUUGCUUAACGGGACACUUGGCCUUCUUCUAUAUAGCUUUGGAGAAUUGGCGCCAAACUUGCAUCUCAUUUUUAAUACCUUUGCUGGCUUGCUGCGACUGCUGGCCAAGAAACACUUGUGUAUGUUCUUGAAGUUCUUCGGUAUCGUCUGUAUGGUACUCAUUCCCUUUUACAUCCAAAAAGAAGUAAAGAGCCCCCAAAAAUUCAUAUUCUACUGAAAUUAUACUUGGUGUAUAAUUUAGCCAAAAAUCCCUUUCAAAGAGCCAAAAUGGCCUUUCAUGCUAGAAAAUAUAUAUGCAGUGUGUGACUGAUAAGACAACGAGAAAUGAGGGAAUUUUAUGUUUGUUAUGUCACCUUUCUUCAUUGUUGUA